UUGACUCCCUCCAUAAAAUUGCUGUUUUUAAAAAGUUUUUCAAGUAAAAUCAAGAAAAAGUGCUAUUAUUUGAAUUACGAGUGUGUUUUAUGUGUUUGUAUCAGUGGUUUAUGUGUAUAUUACUGAGACAUUGUCCUAAAACUCAGUGGCGUCACCUGACCGAGCUCAUUGUCAUUUCCCGCCAUUGUGGCUCAUGUAGAGACUAAUUUCUACAUAUUUGCAAGUAAUCAGUGCAGUUUAGAUGCGGAAUACCCUAUAUUAGUAAAACUAAGUAAUGUCAUUACACGGCAAUGAUGUUUGUUUGCUAGAAGUUGAAGAUUAUAACUUGUACGAGGAAGAAGCAUCGGAUCACGCUUUUGCCAGGAGUGAGAAACAUACAACAUCUGGAAGUAAAACGAUGGAGGCAGAAAAAAGAAUUCGGCGAGAAAUCGCCAACAGUAACGAACGCCGGCGCAUGCAGAGCAUCAACGCUGGUUUCCAGGCCCUGCGUACUUUGCUGCCGCGACACGAAGGAGAAAAACUCAGCAAGGCUGCUAUACUACAACAAACUGCUGAGUAUAUCUACUCCCUUGAACAAGAAAAGACGAGACUACUAUCUCAGAACUGUCAGUUGAAACGUUUACUCAAUCAACAUGAAGGAGGUGAAGUACCAUUGAAGAAAAGAAAAAAUGAGAUUCUUUCACAUGUAUCUUCUGUUAUUCCCGCCGAUUCUACAGAAGAUUCUACUAUUACAAACUCCCGAUCUCCAGAGCCAGUUGCAGUCAUUACUGUAACAAGUGUAUCUCAAAAGAAAGAAGUCGAAGGCACUGAACUACGCGUACAAUUGGAUCGCGAGCGGCGACUGCGACGAUUGCUGGAAGAUCGCUUACACACUCUCGAAGCUCAGAUGUACCCUGAAAAUGGUCACGCUCCACUUUUUGAGCAGACCAAGCUUUCUGAUUGCAAGGUGGAGAGUGAAGUGAUAGAAGAGGUCCCGGUAGAAGCGCCUGUUGUGCCGACAACCCGUGCGGCGGGAACGGCGUUGACUGCGCCGCAUGUGCCACUAGUCACGCCGCCCACCGCUUCUGCUCCCGCUGCACCGCUGCUGGAGGCAGCAAUCAAGGCGGAGCCUCGCGUUGAAGUAGAGGUGUUGCCUGAUGCGGCACACGAAGCACCCUCACGGCUCUAUUUAGCCAGUACCAGCCGCCAAAAUUUGGAAACUAUUGUAGAAGCCAUUCGUCACUUGGAAGGCGACCACCUGUUCCGCGAGGAGUCUGGAGAUGCACCUCUGGCGCUCACUAAGAAGGUAGAGCGGGCGCCGCCCCCGCGACCGGGAGUGAUCGUCGUAAAGCACUCGUGAUCGCAUUGAGCGGCUGCCGUACUUUUACGGUCCCACCACGUUAUUAUUCGCUUCCUCUCUGCGAGCGCUUCUCACCCUCCUCGAAUAUAGAUUUAAAUCUUUAGUUAUUUAGUUAUCUUUUCCAAAGUGACGAAUCGAUAAGUCUGCGUCUUUAUUUUGUUAACUCAGUGAAGUCUAAUUGAUUGAGGAACGGUAGUUGGACAGCAGUUGGGUGUAUUGUCGCGUGUUGUCGAUCGGCGCUGUGCUUAGUUUAGUCUCAAAUCUAAUUAAUUUGACGUUUGCGUUACUCCAGUUUGGAUUGUAUGAUGAAUUGGGGUUGACUGAUUUGGAUAAGAUAGGUGGAGCAACAUUAAGGAUAGUGUGCCGCGUGCCAAUUACAACUUCACGACAUCUUUAGUAAAGGUAAGUACUAGGCAAGUGUGUGAAAGGUCUUGUAUAAUUAUAGGCUUUGUGAUAAUUUUGUACUACUACUUAUAAAGUUGGGAAUUAAGGUUGGCAAAUACCAUCAAGGAAGCAAUAAGUCAAAAUGAGAUUGGUACUAAAGGGUUGUUUGUAAGUAAUAUUUCAGCAAUAUAUGUAUCAAGUGUUUUUAAAAUCAUCAAGCAAAUACUUGUACUAAAUAGUAGUAAAAUACAUAAAUAUUUGACAUUUGUAUUAGGUAAUUAAUUAAUUUAUGUAUUGUAGGCAUGCGGCUACAAGACGUCUGACUUACUUAUUACUCAUUAUUUUCAAAUAAAAUUGAUUAAUUUUUAAAUGCUCCCUUUCACUUGAUAUUUAGUGACAAGAAUAUAAAUUAAGUGUGAACUUAUUUGACAUUUUUAAAUUAUUGGUAUAAGUUAAGUAUUGUAAUAAUCCAGUGUCAUAAUUAUUAUUUAUUUUCCAAUGCUUUGCUUCAGAAUGGAAAUUAGUAAAUUGUUUUGGAGACGUAAAUGUUGUCUUCGUAGUGACGGAAAUUUUAGAGCAUUCCAUGUUGUUGAAUUCUCCCUAAACAUAAGGGUUAAUCUGCAUAUGAGAUAUACAUACCUAGUUAAUUGGAGCAUGAGUUACAUGUAUUCAUAUUUAAACCAAGUACAUAGCGUAAUUAAUUAUUAUUAUGUAUUGCUUACUAUAUGCGUCCUUCAGUCUACAUGUAGAUUAUUAAUUUGUUAGGAUGCCCGUAAAUAAGUAUGCAUCAUGUAUUGUAUUGAAAUCUGGAAAAUUUCAUAAAAUUAUUCAUAUUAAAGAUAUCGCGUUUAGACAAAUCUACAGAUUGACUUUUGAUGAUUUAAUCAUCCUUGGAAUUAUGUAAAAAAUAAAGUGGACUUGCUUCACGUUUUUACUUUUAAGACUUAGAUGCAAGGACUCGCGUGGGUCCAACACUAGGUAAAAUAAUCCUUGACAGUGAUUUCAUUAUUGUUCGCUUUAAUGUGCUGACAUUUUUGUUAAAAGUUUUUAACUUUGCAGUGCUUUUUGUUAAUACUUUCUUUGUAAGUUUUGAAUGUAUUUUGUUUAGGUAAGACUCAGCAGCAGAGUGUAAUAGUACAUCAUGCUGUGCUCCUAUGUCUCAGAUGAUUUGAAUUUUUUAAGACUGAUCAUUUAUUCAUUAUUAAGUUAACGCUAGUUCGAGCCAUCAUAUUGUUAGUAUAUAGUAAGUGUGAGUGUGUGUUAUGUUUUAAUGUAGCUAUUUAUGUGUAUGGAUGUGGAAAUAAUGCACUUAACGUGACAUUUACCCUAUGGCGUCAGUGAUUCUCCUGACAAAAGAGCAAUAAUCUUGUCAAUCAUUAUUUAAGAUUUAUUAUGAAUAUCUGAUCCGCUAAGAACGACGAUCUUCGCUGUCGCUUAGAAAUAAGUUUCUUGAAAUCACUUACUCAAUGGGGUAUCUGUAGAGCUACGUUGUGAUUUGUGUAUAUAUGAAACAGAUGUGAGUUAUUUACGUUGCAUUUGCAUCUGGUUUAUACAGGGGAUACAGUAUAUAUUACACAACUCUAGGGCUUUGUUUCUGAUUACUCACAAGAUAUAAUUUUAGCCUUCGAUUUUUUUUACUUUACCUGUCGUAUAGUUAAUAACCUGGUAUUUAAAUAUAUAGUUGUUAUUUGUAAAAACAGUCAUCGACUUUAGUUACUUCUUUUGUGCGUGGGCAUUGUUUUUAUUUUUGUUUACUGAUUUUAAUUUAGGGUUAACUGUACAAAUUUAUCGUAGAAAGGAGGUUAUCGUCUCACUUUUAGCAAGCAUUUAAUUUUGUUUUAUUGGAAUAGAAGCCCUAGGGACUUAUAGCAGCUCCUCUUGCACUCUGUUUCUGAGUCCAUAGCUUUAAGAAUUUGUCUGCCUACCGCCUUUUACAUUAUGUCAGUUUAGGAUAAUUAACUAUGUAACAUAACGGACUUGGUUAUACUAUUAGUGUAGUCAAAAUAGUAAUAAGAGAUUUUAAGUCAAAGAAAGCAAGUUAAAUUGUUUAAAAUGUGUUAUUAUUUAUGUCUUAAAGUAUUAAAAUGGUUAUUUCUUAUUAAUUAGUUUGUAAAAGAUAAUCAUCUGUGUAUGUAAUCGAGCUCUUUUCUUUCGUCAUACAUUGUAGAAGUAAAACCAAUAAAACAUUUGAGUAAAUUAAGUCAUGCGAGUUAUGCACACCUUAUCGUGUAAGCGUACGUGAAGACUGAUUGUAAUAGCGAGAAGUUGAGAAUGCGUCGACUACUGAUCGUGCACAAAGCAUGAUUCAUGCUACACCCGUUGAUAUGUCUAGUCCAAGUAGGGAUGCGGCUGGCCGCAUCAAAAUGGUAGACGAGCAAAAGUACAGGUUCAUUUUUCUUCAUUUAUUCAUUUGACGCAUUCGUUACAUGCAAAGCCAUUAUGUAAUAUAUCCCUUGUCGUUUUGGUGCAACAAGCCACUAAGUUUGUAAGUUGGCGUUGUCCAUAUAGAGUAUAAAUAAAAUGGGCAAAAUGUUCGUGCCAUGUUUUAUUGGUUUUAUGCACCAUUCAGUGUGAAUAUUUCAAUUUUCUACACUCUAUCGCGUGCUAUGUGUGUUGAUUCGGACUAUUAAUAUAAGAGAAUUGUAAACCCUGCUUUUAAAUUCAUUAAGUCUCUUUGAAUUAUAAUAAUUAAUUUACACUGCAUUUAAAGUAAGUUUUCAGUUCAAGUAAAUGUAUUUUGUUUAGAUUUAGAUUCAGUUUGCGAGUUUACGAACGACUAAGGAUAGGGUGAACUUUUAAUAUUACUGGUUAGAUUUAGAUGCCACCAAAUUUGAAAUUUUAUAACGAAAAACAAAUUGUUUCCUUUUAUUGUAGAGCAGCGUAAGAGCAAAUCUAAAUGUUCACUCUGUCCUUAAUCAACUCACGUUCCUAUACAUAGUUAUUGUAUAAUAUUUUUACAAUUCAAUAAGAUUAUGAUAAAGUGUAGAAAAUAAUGCAUGGAUGUUUCCUUUUUGAUAUGAAAUUGAUGAAAAUAUUUCCUCUGAUUUUAAUUGUACAUAUGAAUGGCGCCACGCUGAAGUAUACAAACUGUCACUAUUCGCGAUUUCAAUUUGAACGUUAUGUUAAUUUAAACGAUGUUCAAUUUUUAUAAAAGAAUUUUUACUUUUUGUAUACAUUAGUAUGUGGCCCUCCGUACCACAUUUGACCUAUAUUUACGAAUAUUUAUAAAAGA